AUGUCAUCUGCUUCCAAACUUAAACCUCAAAAAUCACCGAAUUUGCCAACUGAUGAUGAGUCUAUCAGUUCAUCUAUGAACAAUGACCAAAGCGAGUCGAAUCGCCAAUUGGAUGUCGUUUCAUUGACCAAAGAAGCUUCUUCUUCUUCAAAUAAACGUGUUUUGGAGAAAUCAACAUCAAGUUAUUCACAGACGCCAGAUCAGACCAAACGGCGAUGGACAUAUGAGCCUCAGAAAACUGUACCUCGAGAUCGACGAAGAAACCUUGGAUGGGUGACUCUCAUACCAGAGUAUAAGAAUCCCAGAGAGUAUGAUGAGGCCACCAAAUAUACCAUUAUUUUGGUCGUAGCAUUAUCAGCUGUUAUAGGUCCAAUGGGUACGUCAAUUCUUUUACCAGUCAUUGAUGAGGUUGCAGCAGAUUUGGGAACGAGUGUAACACUGGUUAACAUAUCUGUUGGUAUAUAUUUGCUUUCAUUAGGAGUAUUGCCACUGUGGUGGUCCAGUUUCAGUGAACGUUUGGGUAGGCGACCGAUAUACAUAUCAAGUUUUGCCUUGUUUUUUGCUUUUUCCAUCGGCUGCUCUCUAUCGAAGUCCAUUGGAAUGUUGAUUGGUUUCCGUGUGUUAUGUGGGGGGUGCUCGGCUUCUGUUCAGAGUAUUGGGGCAGGAACAAUAGCAGACCUAUACCCUCCCUUAAUGAGAGGUAGUAGGAUGGGUCUCUUUUAUCUGGGUCCUCUGGCAGGUCCACUAAUGGCUCCAAUUAUUGGUGGUGCACUAGGUCAAGGUCUUGGCUGGAGGUCUACCCAGUGGUUCCUAGUGAUUUUUUCAGCAUGUCUGUUUAUCCUUCAAUUUUUUCUACUGCCAGAGACUAUGAGGGCUCAAGAUUCACCAGAGGCUAUUAGAGCACUUUUGAAGAGUAGACAGCUACAAAACAAUUUAGAGAACAAAGGUGAUGACCGCAAUUCUUCCCAGCAUAAAGCAUCAGAUGUUGAACCAGAACUAGAAACUGCGAUUGAAUAUGAGGAGACGGACGCAUUACUUCAGCGGAUUGCAACCUUGGCCUCGCACUAUGACGACGAGGUAGGUGAAGAAAGUAUGGGCCAAGUUGACCGUGAAAGCCCAGCUGUCUUUGACCCUGUAAUGCCUGCAUUGUCUAAGAUGGAGACAGACCACAGAGGUAGAGUUGCUUUCUUAAGACGGCGAAGAAACCGAAUUCAUGAACGUCUAGCUCAUGAAUUUCAAAAAUUACUUCAAAAUAAAGGGAACAACACCCAUGUUCCUGAAAAUCUAAACGAAAGCAGGCUGAGAGUUGUUAAACGGAACUUAUACAUUUACUUGGUGCUUCCCAUCAAAAGUCUCUGUUUUUUGCAGUAUCCACCUGUUCUUCUCUCUAUCAUAUACUCAGCUCCUUGCUUUGCUGUAUUAUACUUUGUAAACAUGACUUUGACUUACUGUUAUGCAAGGAGCCCUUACAAUUUUUCUCCGAUUUUGAUUGGAUUGGUUUAUAUUCCUAAUUCUGUGACGUACUUUAUUGCCUCUACAGUUGGUGGACGGUGGGCGGAUGUAUUGCUCAAAAAGUACAAAGAGAAACAUGGUGUGCUUGCCCCAGAAGCCAGGUUUGGAAUCAACAUUACUAUAGCAUCAAUUUUAUUUCCCUGUGCUCUACUAAUAACUGGCUGGUGCCUUGAUAAGAAGGUUCACUGGGUGGCACCGCUAGUUGGAACCGCUAUAUUUGGGUUUGCUCAAAUGAUUGUAAUUGGAGUCAACACUACAUAUAUAGUGGACUCGUUGCCGGGCAGAGGAGCUACUGGAAUUGCGGUGAACAAUUUUGUACGCAUGAUCCUAGCUUCAGUUGCUUCUUUUGUAACUGAACCAUUGAUCAAUGCAAUUGGUGUUGGUCCUUUAUUUUCCAUUCUGGCGGGAAUUACUCUACUGCUGAUCAGUGUCUUGAUCGUACUUAAAAAGAAAGGUCAUCACUGGAGAGAAACCUAUGACUUAGAGAGGAUAUACGACAAGCUAGAUGAUGUUAAUUGA